AUGGAAACGCAGGGUCGAGGAUUCGUCUGCGAAUCAACGGAGAGGAGCAACAAAGAGCGCUCUCUCCCGGAGAGCGUCCGGCCUCUGCGCGACUGCGCCAGGAUCAAGGAUUCGUCUGAGGAAGGACGGACGACAGGGGUGAGUAUAAAAGAAAACCAAAAACACAGGACAGAGGAUUCACAAGGAGAGGAGCAACAAAAAGCACUCUCUCCCGGAGAGCAUCCGGCCUCUGCGCCUGAGCGCGUAGCAGGCAGAUGGAAAUGCAUGAUCGAGGAUUCGUCUGAGGAAGGACGGACGACAGGGGUGAAUAUGAAAGAAAACCAAAAACGCAGAACGGAGGAUUCACAAGGAGAGGAGCAACAAAAAGCGCUCUCUCCCGGAGAGCAUCCGGCCUCUGCGCGACUGCGCCUGAGUGCAUGGCGCGCGGAUGGAAAUGCAGGGUCGAGGAUUCGUCUGCGAAUCAAUGGAGAGGAGCAACAAAUAGCGCUCUCCCGGAGAGUGUCCGGCCUCUGCGCGACUGCGCCUGAGCGCGUAGUGCGCGGAUGGAAAUGCAGGAUCGAAGAUUCGUCUGAGGAAGGACGGAAGACAGGGGUGAAUAUGAAAGAAAACCAAAAACGCAGGACGGAGGAUUCACAAGGAGAGGAGCAACAAAAAGUGCUCUCUCCCGGAGAGCGUCCGGGUCUGCGCGACUGCGCCUGA